AUGCGCCGCAGCGGCCCCGGCCGGCGGGGCGGCAGCAGUGCGCGUGCGCCGGGGCCGCUGUGGGAGGGGCCGCGGUGGAGUCGGCCCGGUGGGAGCGUGUCCGGACGUGGACAUGGCAAGGCCUUAGCAGAUGAUUGUGUACCAGUUGGAGGACAUGGUCUAGGCUGCAUAGCUCUGCUUUUGGAAGGAAGUGGCAAUGCUGGUGAGGCAGGACUGCUUCCCAUACACAAAGUGGCUUAUGAGGGGCAUCACCUGGGCGGGAAGUAUCUCAUUAUAGCCACGUCCCAAACUUUAAUCCAGGAAAGUGGGUCAAGCACUGUUCAUUCUGCUGUAGACAGCCAGAACCAGUGUCUAGAGCUUGUCAUUGAAAAUGGUUUGGAUGUCAACACUCUCUUGUCUGAACACUUAAUUUCAAAUACUUAUGAUGACAGAAGACAGCCUGCACUUUGUUGUGCUGUUUUUAAUAAUGAGAUUCUUUGCACCAAAAUAUUGCUCAAAGCAGGAGCAAAUCCAAACAAGGAUCCUUUAAACUUUGUUCUCAUAGCAGACAGCCAUGGAAUUCUAAAGCUACUCCUAUAUUAUGGAGCAGAUGUCAACUGCUAAUUUUGUUGCUUAAUAUACGCAUUUCCCCAGUGCAUUUGGUAUUCUUUGAAUGGUGACAUGAUGCUGAGGCUGUUGCUCAGGCAUGGAUAUAAUGUGGAGAUGUGUUUGGACUUUAUGUGUCAGGGUAUCUUGGGAAAUUCUUUUGUGUGGCCAGCCCCAGAGCUUGAACUUAUUCCCAGUUGGACUACUUCAAUAAAUAAUAAACUAAUAAAUACAUACCUUCCUUGCUUCUCUUCACUUUGCUCUUUUCAUUAG